GUGUUGUUGUAGAGGGAGCUAAGCAAGUGGAGCAAUAAUGGCGGAAAAAACUUACUAUAAGUAAAGUCGAGUGGGUAAGCAUGGGGUAAAAUUGACUUUGAGAGAGACGACUUGAAAACAUUACAGGGUGUAAGAGGCGAAUUGUCAACCAAUACGUGCUGAGACACAGUCAGUCCUCUGAAAAUUCUCACCAUUUAUAUAUACUCUCUUCAACGCUUCUCCCUCUGCACUUUCUUCUUCUCUCUUUUUGGCUUCUCUUGCAAAAAAAAAAAAGACUUUUUUGCUCGAGGAACUGUUAUCUAUUUUUGCUUGCUGAGAACAUCAAUGGCUCGUGCAAAUGUGCCAAAGUUUGGAAAUUGGGGAAAUGAAGACAACACUCCCUAUACUGUCGUUUUUGAGAAUGCAAGGAAAACUCGUGGCGGAAAGAUGAUAAAUCCGAAUGAUCCUCAAGAGAAUCCGGACAUGUUUCCGAAUGUUGCUCCUCCCUCCAGGCCUAAAACUCCGACAGAGGAACCAAUGGGGAUGGAAACAGUUAGGCAAACAAACAAGCACCGGGUGAGUAGAGAAGAUGGUGAUUUCCGUGCUAGUUCUCCAGCUCGCAAUGAGCCAACUACUCAUCAACGUCAUGGUGGAGGUCGUGGAUCAAAUUCUGGUCGACCUUCUAGACCAAGUGGAGGGUCUGAUCACAGCAUUGCAAAAUCACCACUUCACCCCAAUUCCCAAGUGAAGAUAUCUGGACGUGUAGCUGCAUCUCCUGUUUGGGAAGGGAAGAAUUCGAAUGACAGUAGUCAUGGUACACCUGGAAGAUCAUUCGAAAGUUCUCAUGCUACUCCUGGAAGGCACCAAAUGAAGCAAGAAAGUCCUGAUAGAGGAACAGUAGUUCCAAAAUUUGGCGGAUGGGAUGACAAUGAUCCUCAGGAUGCAGAAAAUUACACUGAGGUUUUUAACAAGGUGCGAGAGCAAAGGCACGUAGAUACUGGAAAUAUGCCAGCCGCAGGUGGUAGAACAUCUUACAGCACACAAAGGCCACAGCGAAAUGAAAAGCAGAAGAGCUGCUGCUUUCCUUUGUGGUGAAAAUGAGGACCUUGUUUUUCUGGUGAUCUGAAGCUAUAUUGGAUGUGUAAAUAGAUCAACAAACCACGGCGCAACGCCAAUCGUUUCUAUGUUAAGAGGCUUCUUGUAGCAAUAUGUUUGGGCUAGUGAUUUCUUGUAUUUGUUAUGCUUUCUGCUGAAAUUUGCAAUUGUAUUGUCUACUUAUUGUUUUAUUAAUAUGUACUGUUUGUUCUUAAAUCAAAUUGAUUUGCGUUAAUUA